UCCAACACUGUCAGAAAUGCUGGAAAAACAAAAUUUGAAAACGAUUUCCUCAAACGCUGCUCCCUGAGUGGAAAAAAUAACAUACAUAAAACAAAAUAAGCGGGCUAGUUCUUGAGAACCGAGUGAGGAGUAGUGGUCCGAAUCCAAAUCCAACCAGAUGUCUAGUUCCAAGCAUCGCAAGCCCGCGAAAUCGUCGCGCGUUCCGCCGCAGGCCAGGGAAUAUAUCACCGAAUUGGCAGAGGAUCGGGAAUUGGAGCGAUUCAUGGCCUUCUCGUCGACGGCAAGUAGUGGCGCCAGCGGCAGCACCCACAGCUGUGCCUUGGGAACGUUCCUGGCCCCAGGACUCGUCUCCACCGACGCCAGAGAAGCUGGAUCUCGACCAGAAUCCGUUCACAGGCGUCGCCCGAGGAGCAGCGGCUGUCCACUGGGUAAAGCGUCACCAGAUGAGCACCUCCUGGAACUCCCUCCAUCACCGCCACUUAUCAAACCCGCCAACUCACAACUACAUCCUCUGAAACCCCAAGAAAGCCAGUUGAAAACCAAUGAAUACACCAUAAUACCCAUUUUGAUGGACAAUAACCAGGGUAAUCGACUAGUGGCGGCCACUCAAACCAUGUCACAAUCCGUGGAGGAUCUAAGGACACCCACCAAGCCGCCCAAAGAGAUGCACACCAAGAAAACGCAGACUCCCGAGUCCGCGGUGAAGUCCCACAAGCGUCUGGAAUGGGAUCCUGCGGCCGAUGUGGGCUACUACAAGCGCGCGGUGUCCACCAGCAACAUCAGCACCUUGGAGCGGUCCGUUCUGGAGGAGUGCGGUUGGCGUCAGCCCAUUCAGCAGCGAUCCGAGACAGAUUUGGACAGAUUGCAGCGGCGGGAGGUGGAGGAAGCAUCGCCAGUGCAGGACAGGCCCACUCCACCACUGGCCUCGAGCACUUUUGUCAAUCCCAGCGACCGCGGGAAGCCCUCGAGGUCCAGGCUGGGCUCCCUGGGCAGUUCCCUGGGAUCCAGGAAAGAGGUUUCGCUGGAGAUUAACCGCAGCGGCCCAAGGAAGGAUGAUUCUGGCAGCAGCUCUAGACAGAAGGAUUCCCGCAGCAUUUCAAGGAAGGAGUCCACACACAGCAGUUCCAAAACCGAAGAUACCCAAUGCAGUUCCAGGAAAGAAGUUGAUGAAAACAGCUCCAGGCAGGAAGGUACCCAAAACAGCUCCAAAAAGGAAGCAACCCAAAGCGGCUUCCAAAGAGAGAGUUCACAAAACAUGUCCAGAAAAGAAGACUCGCUGAGCAGCUCCAAAAAAGAUGACAUAAGGCUAAGCUCUAGAGUGCAAGAUCCACAAAUCAGCUCCCGCAGAGAAUCGCUGAGUAGCUCUCGAAGGGAAUCACUAAGCAGUUACAGAAGAGACGACUCGAGGCUCAGCUCGCAGAACAGCUCCAGAAUGGGAUCGCAAGUUAGCUCAAGACUGGGCGAAUCACGUUCCAGUUCGAGGCGGGAAUCCCAAGCCACCUCACUUUAUGGCAGUUCGGCGGCCAGCAGCUUCGAUUACCAUAUCCACAUGGGACAGGAACUGGUCGUGGACAAACUGGAGCAACAGGAGAAGAAACAGCCGGGAAAGGAGCAGGAAAAGAAAGAACAGCAGAAAAGGGAGCAGGACAAGAAGGAUGAGCUGAAAAGGGUUCAGGAGCAAAGGGAGCAGCAGAAACACAAGCAAAAGGAGCACGUGGAGCCUCAACAUCGCGAGAGGGAUCAACGGAGGAUUCAGCAGCUCGACAAGGACCAGAGAAAGGCGGAGCUGCGGGAAAAGGAGCGCGAGCAGGAGCGCCAGUUCACAGCGGCCCAGUUCGAGAAGAUUCUGGGUAGUCGACGGCGCGAAAACAAGGAGAACCAGCAGCCGCAGUCGCAGCCAAGAACAGAGACCAUUCCCUCCACAUCCUCCUCAUCAAUUGGAGUGGGAUCAGGAUCGGGGGCUGGGCCGCGAGGAGAUCUGGAUCUGGGAAUCGACUUGCUCUGCUCUUUGGUGAAAACUCGCAGUCUCAGCCAAGGCCAAAAGAAGAAACUCGUUAGGGACAUAGCCAGGCGACUUGCCUGUCUGGAUUUGGCCGAGUCCAGCAGUAGUUUGCGCUCCCUCAAAAGCAAUCAGUCCAGCAAAGCAAAGGAACAACCGAAAGUGCCCAGUCCCCUCAAACGACAGGAUGUGGCCACCAACACCUCGCAAUGUGGCUCGAGAGGCUCCUCAAAAGGCGAGCCCGCCACUUUGCCGGUACCCGCUCCCCGCAAGCGAGGAACUGCCGGCACACCUUCGCCACUGCCAACCAGUUUCUCGGCCAGUGGCUCGACCAGUGCCUCCCACGAGCUAGUCACCCAGAAGACCAAUGUGCCCACGCGAGAUGCGGCCUCCACGGACGCAGAUGCCGAACCCUCAGAUCUGCAGGAAUGGCUGAACCCCAUGACCCAAAGCGAAAUCGAGUACGAGCGGCGUCUGAAGGGAGGUUUCGAUUCGGAGCGGAGGAACCAACUCAACUGGAUCGACACGGAGAUUCGCCGACUGCAGGCGUUGCAACAGCUGUUGGGCGAUGCCAUAACCAUGCUGCCCCGCAAUUCCGUGCACAUCGAAACGGACAAGGGCUCGGCUUUUUCCAGCGACAAACUGCUGUCAGCCGUGCCAUCGGUGCAGUUGCCAACUUCGGAGCGGUGCAGUGGUGGCCAGGAGGAGCCACCGGCGGAGCAGCAAGCUGAGUCAUCCGUGGAGGUGGAAAGUGCUGGAACACCCAGCACUCCUCGGCCCCCAGUGAGAGUUGAAUCAGUGGGUGUGCCGCCCAGGAAACUGCCUCCGACUCCUGCCUCCAUUAGCUCUUCAGAUCCAGCGACACCGCCGACGCCACCACCACCACCACCACCACAUCAUCUUGACCAACAAAAAGCUCAACAUCGCAAAAAGAUGGCCACUCCCGUACUCAUUUCGCAAAGCUCCUCCAGCGGCGGCGGACGCAGCGAAAGCGUUUGCUCCUUCGUGCAGCAAAGGCAGCGACAGUUCCGCGAGCACUACCAGAACCAGCAGCAGCAGCAGUUGCUACUGCUCAAGCAGCAGCAGCUCUACCAGCAGCAGCAGCAACUCUACCAGCAGCAGCAGCAUCAUAUUUGCCAGCAGAGGCAGCAGCAAGGAACGCACGUUCGCCAGCAGCAAUUUGUGCAGUGCCAGAGGCAUAAUGCGCAGCAGACACGACAGCAGCACGAAGAGCAGGAGCAGUAUAUACAGAUGCAGUACGCCCAGGCGGCGGGCAGUGCCUAUGCCACGCUGCCCCAUCUGAGCGUAAGUGCUGGCUAUAGUUGUGCGGAUAACGAGGGAGCCAUCUACUACCAGGUGUUGAACUCCCAAGGAGCAGCUGGCUACGUGCAGGCCGCCGUGGUGGCCACGUCAAGGUCCACCACAACCACGACCAGUUCGGCGUCCUCGAUGAUGUGCAUCAGUUCGGAAAUGUCCAUACCCAUGGGCAUGGUCAACACGUGCGAGACGACCACAACGACCACCACCCAUCAGUACGACGAUGCGGACUGUCGGCGGGCGAGGAGAAGGCCCAAGGAGGCGAGGCGUUCGGAGAGCGUCAUGCAGCGGCAGACGCUCCAAGUGCGGCCACGUGCCAUUGCCUAUGUCAUCCAGUUCACGGCGACGGGUGGCAGCGAAGUCCUGCCCGAAACGCGAUCCCUGCAGGACCAACUGCAGCUGGCUCGUCCCGAGUUCUGCGCCAAGUCCAAGCAGCGCAAGGCCAUCCUCAACCAGAUGCAGAUGAUCCGGAAUGUUCGACGGCGCGAGCUGGACAAUCUUCUGGGCGAGAACACCAGCUUGGAGACGCUGGACAGGCGACUGCUGCAGCUGCCACCACCAGCCACUUCACGCUUAAGAAUAUUUUCCACACGGGAAAUGAAGGCCAUGACAACCAAGCGAUGUCAGAGUUUGCCCGAAGUGUUGGCCGCCCAAAAUCGCGAGCAGGAGGAAAGAAGGCGUCGCUGCAAUCGUCUGAUGAGGGAUGUCUUCAAUAAGCGCCUUCAAAAUCGCGUUGCCAAUGGACAACUUUCGCUGAAUCACAGCAGGACAAUUAUCUAGCGAAGAUGGAAACAGGAAUGUCAUAGAUCAACUCAAAGGACACCGCAGUACACAGCCCACCAGUUUAAUUUUUUUGCCAUUGCUAGGCUUUUUAUUUUGAAUAACUCUUAAAAGAUUAAAUUUGUUAAACUUCGAAAUCAGGUUUGGAUUAGUCAGUAGAAAAUGUAAGCAUUUAAAAUAGGUACAGUUGCCUCCGGUUACAGUGUCACUUGUUAACUACUAACAUAAUUAUCUAUGUUUAUUAUAAACCCAGCAUUUAACUAAAUUUGUAACGUUUUUAAAUGAA